AUGACGACAGACUUUGGCGGAGUGAAAAAAGAUGUGAGCAUUUUGAUCGAGCGAUCGAAUGGAACACAGCACCAAGCUCUGGUGACUACCAUCGAGCAGCCCAACACGGUCAACUGCGAAUGGUUUGAGCAAGACGACAUCAAGGGCAAAGGCGUGAGCUUGAACAUGGUCUUCAAGCUCAACCCGCACUUGAUGCCGAAAAACUUCAAGCCUCAAAAUCUCAAGUCAGAGGCCGACAACAUGAGCCGAAAAUCUGUGAUGAUCACAUCUGGAAGUCGCCUAAAGAAGGAGAACAAAAUUCCCCUCGCGGUGCGCAGGGCCGAGCCAUCAUCUCGGUCUGAAAGCCGACUCCCAACAGCGAAAUCGACGUCGUUAUCGAAAAAUCGCAGGACAGAGCUAAUCACAAAGAAGGAGCCAACGGUGCGAAAUAUUGACAAGAUAGAGAGCGAGCGGAUUGAGCGAAGAGAGAAUCAGGCGAAAAUGAGAUAUCAGCGCGAUCAGAUUAAGGCCAAGCACGAUAUCAACGAUGCACAGUGGGAAUUCGCUGAAAUGAUCGAAGACUGGCGCGAUGAGAACCCUUCCCGACCUCCUCAUCACAAGCGAAUGGAGCACAAGAUCAAUGUGUGCGUGCGAAAACGACCUCUGAAUAAGAAGGAGACGAAGAACAAAGAGACCGACGUCGUCACUCGCUCCGGAGACCUUCUUUACGUCCACCAGCCGAUGACCAAAGUCGACUUGACCAAGUACCUGGAAAAUAUGCCUUUCCGAUUCGACUAUGUCUUCGAUCUUGAAGAUGACAACAGGAAGGUAUACGAGUACACUGCGAAACCACUGGUCGAGUCAAUCUUCAGGGGCUCGCGCGCUACUUGCUUCGCAUAUGGACAGACGGGAAGUGGCAAAACCCACACGAUGGGUGGCGAGUUCAGCGGGAAGAAUCAAAACUGCAGUAAUGGAAUAUACGCAUUCGCUGCAGAAGAUGUCUUCAAAAAAUUGCGCCAGCCGAUGUACCAACAUCUCAAGCUCACUGUCUCCUUCUUUGAGAUUUACGCGAAUAAGGUCUUCGACUUGCUGAACGGAUCUCAAAGACUGCGCAUCUUAGAAGACAAACAGGGCAAAAUCAGAGUUGUCGGGCUCGUUGACCAAGUUGUCGAGACUGUCGAUGAUGUCAUAAACGUUCUCCGCGAAGGUUCUCGCUGCAGAACAUCUGGCCAGACGUCUGCGAACUCAAACUCGUCCAGAAGCCACGCAGUCUUUCAAUUGUCACUCCUUACGCCGGGACGAAAGGCUCACGAGGAGCGAACGCACGGCAUGUUCUCGCUCAUUGAUCUCGCUGGUAACGAGCGUGGAGCUGAUACGAUGAGCUCUGACCGUAUAACUCGUCAGGAAGGAGCGGAUAUCAAUAAGUCGCUUCUUGCGCUCAAAGAGUGCAUUCGAGCCAUGGGAAAAGAUGCUCUUCACGUCCCUUUCAGAGGCUCUACUUUGACAAAAGUCUUGCGAGAUAGCUUUAUCGGCGAGGACAGCAAGACUUGCAUGAUUGCCACUCUGAGCCCCGGCUUCAGCAGCUGCGAAAACACGAUUAAUACACUCAGGUACGCUGACCGAGUGAAAGGCCUCUCCGUCAACGAGAAGCGCGAUCUUGAAGACCUGAUGGAAGAGAUCACUCUGGAAGAGAACACAGAAGAAGACUCGUGUCUCGACAUGCUCGCCACUCAGAACGCGGAUCAAUUCACUCCACAAAUGUUGGCGAUCACUAAAGCUCAGGAUGAGCAGCAAACAGCUGAAGACAAUGCCAUGACUGCUAUCAACGAGUCCACGCCUGCUUUCUUGGAUGCUCUCUCCAAAUGGCAAGAAUAUUGGGAGAGUGUCGCCAGCGACAAAAACGCGGACGUCCAAGAGAUUCUCCGAGAGUGCGAAACAGACUUCGAUAAUCUCGAAGCAGCCAUUAAGAACAUGAGAAAGCUCGCUAAAGUCGCUUUCGAGAAGGCGGAAAAUGUCGAUGCCGUCCUAGCCGGAAAUAACGAGCCAAAACCCGCUCAGAAAAGUUCAAAACCACGAGGAGGCAUCAAUCGACGGCUCAAGUAA